UUUGUCCCCCUGGAGCGCGCGUUCGUAGUUCCAAUUUCAGGUGGUCGCCCAGCCUAGGUUUGCCGGGAGGAAUGGCUCAGAAACCGCUGCGCCUCUUGGCUUGUGGAGAUGUUGAAGGAAAGUUCGAUGUUUUAUUCAGUAGAGUUCGAGCAAUUCAGAAGAAAAGUGGAAAUUUUGAUCUGCUGUUGUGUGUAGGAAAUUUCUUUGGCUCCACCCCAGAUGCUGAAUGGGAGGAGUACAAGACUGGCAUCAAGAAAGCCCCUAUUCAGACAUACGUGCUUGGUGCCAACAACCAGGAAACAGUGAAAUAUUUCCAAGAUGCUGAUGGGUGUGAAUUAGCUGAAAACAUUACUUAUCUGGGUCGUAAAGGCAUCUUCACUGGAAGCUCAGGGCUGCAGAUUGUGUACCUCAGUGGGACAGAGUCCUUAAGUGAACCUGCUCCAGGUUACAGUUUUAGUCCCAAGGAUGUGUCUUCCCUGAGAGCAAUGCUGUGUUCAACAUCCCGGUUUAAGGGCAUUGAUAUCUUGCUUACAUCCCCAUGGCCCAAGUGUGUGGGGAACUUUGGGAAUUCUUCUGGAGAAGUGGAUACCAAAAAAUGUGGUUCUGCUUUGGUCUCCAGUCUUGCCACAGGAUUGAAACCAAGAUAUCAUUUUGCUGCUUUGGAAAAGUCAUACUAUGAGAGGCUUCCAUAUCGAAACCACAUUGUUCUGCAAGAAAAUGCACAACAUGCCACCCGGUUCAUAGCUCUGGCAAAUGUUGGAAAUCCAGAAAAGAAAAAGUAUCUUUAUGCAUUCAGUAUUGUUCCCAUGAAACUAAUGGAUGCAGCAGAACUGGCAAAACAGCCUCCAGAUGCCACUGAAAAUCCUUACAGAAGAUUUGGAAAGGAAUCAACCACAGAAAAGCAAAUUCCUGCCCCUGAGGAAGAAUCAGCUUGUCAAUUCUUCUUUGACUUAAAUGAAAAGCAGGGAAGGAAGCGUUCAUCCACCGGCAGAGAUGGCAAACCUCCUUACCCAAAGCAUGCUCGCAAGCCUCCUCAGCCACCAGGAUCCUGCUGGUUUUGUCUUGCCAGCCCUGAAGUGGAAAAGCAUUUGGUGGUCAACAUUGGCACACAUUGCUACCUCGCCCUGGCCAAAGGAGGCUUAUCUGAUGACCAUGUCCUCAUCCUGCCCAUUGGACACUACCAAUCAGUGGUAGAGCUUUCAGCAGAAGUGGUGGAAGAGGUGGAGAAGUAUAAGUCUACGCUGAGAUGCUUCUUUAAGAGUCGAGGGAAACAGUGUGUUCUGUUUGAGAGGAAUUAUAAGAGCCAUCACCUCCAGUUGCAGGUCAUUCCUGUGCCACUCAGCUGCUGUGCUACAGAUGACAUUAAAGAUGCCUUUAUUACCCAGGCACAAGAACAACAGAUAGAGCUGUUGGAAAUCCCAGAGCACUCAGACAUCAAGCAGAUUGCACAGGCAGGAGCAGCCUAUUUUUAUGUUGAACUUGACACAGGAGAGAAGCUUUUCCACAGAAUUAAAAAGAAUUUUCCUUUGCAGUUUGGAAGAGAGGUAAUGGCCAGUGAAGCCAUUCUUAAUAUUCCUGACAAGUCUGACUGGAGGCAGUGUCAGAUCAGCAAGGAAGAGGAGGAAAUCCUGGCUCAACGCUUCCGGAAAGACUUUGAACCCUUUGACUUCACUCUGGAUGACUAAGCAAAGGGAAGGCACUUUAUAUGCACAGGAAGUUGUUGCAGUCUCCCAUGGGGACUGUUUCUCUGCCUCUUUUUUGUGCAUUCCCAUGGAAGCUGCCUGCAGCAAGAGGCUGGGAUUGUUUGGGGUUUUGUUUUUUUUUUAAGAAAAGUCAUUUUAGGAUGAAAAUUCUAUGUUAAAAGCAUGUCCGUUUUCCAGCUAUAAGAACAGCUUGUAUUUAUCUACAUUUUUACAAACUUGAACU